AAUUGAAUAGUUUUCUUCUGGAUGGGAGCGACACAUGAAGCUCCAGUGAAGCUCCAUUUGACAGCAGGACUGAGGCUUGAUAAAGUGUGUGAAUAAAAGUGUUGGUUUUGGGCUCCUGAUUUAGCACCAUCUGAACAAAGUGAAACAGUGUGGUCUCUCAGAGGUUUCUGCUCUCAUUUCCUGCUUCAGACUGUUGGUUCGAGUUACAGUCGCCAUCAUCGCUCAGAAAGUGAUUGACAGCUGAGGGGGCGGAGCCAGCACAGUCCUGCAGCUUGAGUCAACUACAGGCCGCCAUGUUGGUUCUGGUGUGGUUAUUGAUCCUGAUGAUGAUGAUGGCGAUGAAGAGUGACGCUGCCUCUGCUGGGAUCAUCACUGCACACAGCGGAGAGACCGUUCUGCUGACAUCAAACCUGAAGGAGGUGGAGCUGAAGAACAUAAGUGACGUCAGGUGGACUCACCCCCAGCUGGUGGUCUCACUGAAGAGGAACAAUACAAUAUGUCCAAACCGACGCUGCGAGCUGCUGAAGGACGGCUCACUGAGAUUCAGCCGAGUUCAGACUGACGACUCUGGACACUACAACAUGAGCCUGUUCGAUGAAGAGGGAAACAACAUGAAGAUGACUUACUUCCGGCUCGUAGUGGAGGAUCGCAGUAGUAGCAGCAGCAGCAGCAGAAGUGUCGUGGUGUCUGUCUCGAUGUGCUGCUUCCUCCUGCUGCUGUUCUUUGUCAUCCUCUUCGUGGUCAUGAGGAAGAGAAACCUGAGGAUGAGGACGACCACAGGUUCGUUGCACGAAAAUGUUUAUGUGGUGAUGCACGGUAACCAUAGCAACGACAAGAAAGAGGAGGAGGAGAAGAAGCAGGAGAAAGAGGAAGAGAAUCUUUAUGUCUCCUGUAAUCCUGGGGUUCCCAUGGAAACACCAAUCACACAGCAGAUGUGUGUGGAUGACAUCUACGUGUGACAGCCAAUCAGAAACUGUUUCAUCCACUGCCUCCUACUUGCUUGUAUUUCUUUAUUUCUAAUUUUCUAUCAAAAUAAACGUGUACGUAGACUUUG